AUGGGUUCGUUUGAGAAAGAUAUGGCAGAGAAUGAUGGAGUUUUUGAUCUUGUCACUGCACUGUGUCAAAAAACUGCUUCUAAGUAUUGUGGGCAAAAUAGAAUACCUCAGCACAGGUUUGUUAGUAAGAUGAGGACUCAAUCUUAUGAGAUAUUGCUAAGGAAGACACCCAAAGCAGUGCCAUGUGUUCAAAGUCUUGCUAAAGACCCAAUCAAUCAUUUAUUAUGCUAUAAUUAUAUCUCCCAACAAAAUAUAAGAAAUGUAAUAGAAUAUAAUAGAUAUGUUGAACUAAAGAAGAUAAUUGGCGAUAUUCGUAAUAAGGAUUUUGGAGAAUACAGAAAUUGUGUUGAUAAUAUUUUGAGAUUUCUAAUUGCAUUAAGUAACACUGUCAAAGAUGAUUUUUCUGUGGAAAUGUAUAAGAAUCCAUUCUCCUUUGGUGCCCUAGAUAAAAUGCUACCAAAGCCUCCAAUAGAAAGCUAUGGCUCACCACAGCCAUACUCAUAUUACCCACCACAUGUAUUUGAAUUGCCAUACUCUUUGAGAAAACAAGCAUCAUUCCUGGACAACCAAAGGUCGCAAACUUACACAGAAUAUACUGUGGAGAGUUUUGAUUCAAAAUCAUUUCUAGUUGACACCAACUCUCAAGUACGUGAUUCUGCAGAAGUGAAAACUUUCCUGAGUCCGAUGUCACUUGCAUCUAUGACAUCUACCCAUCUGUCACCAUAUUCAGAAACUAUGUUCAAUUACCCACAAUUGACUGCACCCAGGGACCUUAAGAUACCUGGUUUUGACUCCAAUGAUGUUAACAUAAAGUUUUCAUUGGAGAACACAAACUUGAAAUCUGAUGUAAAGGAAGUAUUCAGAGCUGAUAUUGAUGAAGCGUCACUGGAUAUUUGGGAGUUGGCAACUCAGGUUGAUAAAGAUAUACCUGAUGACAUUUGGGAUACUGUUGCAAAACUACCACUAGUGAAUGAGCGCCAGCUCAUAGCGAGCUCACCACGGGAGCUUCUGUUGUGGCGUCGUGUACACGAAGAUGUACUGUCCGACCUCAGUGUAGUCGCUGAGAAGCAAUUUAUAAGGCAUAUCAUGUAUUUAAUUAUUGGCGUAGAAACAAACUCGUUUCCAUUCAACCAUGAGCUGAACAGUUUCUACAUGAAGAGGAAUCUGGUUUUAGAGGGUAUAUCAAAGGAAAGGUUGAACGGCUACGUAUCAGAACUGUUGAAUAUUGGCACAUAUUACCGGAGACUUUAUAAAUUCGCCUUCAACCACAAAUUAGAGGACCAUUUCCAUAGCCACGGAUUGGUUUAUGAGGCGGCCAGGGAAGUCAUAAGGCGUUACCUACUGGAGUUCCGUUUGUUCGCAACCGAGAUAUACGAGGAAUGUACCAAAAACAAAUCCGAGGAUUUGAACUGCAUGCCCACACUGCUGCAGAUAUUGUACCACAUGGAACCGCUGCAGCUGGAAAUUGAAACUGUUGUGUCUGUGUACAAAAUGAUAGAUUCCGAGUCAACAACGAUACCGCACGGCGCCGAGCUAAUGUCGUACCUGUUCAACGAAAUAUCUCUGGUGACUGAAAAGAGAACUGCAUUCACAAUGUUCAAUAUGUUGUUCUCUAUUUGCAAGGUGUAUUUCAAGUUCAUCGAACGGUUCAUCUUUGAAGGGGAACUCAAUGAUAGAUACCACGAGUUCUUCAUACGUAAAGACUCCCAAUACGUGAAUUGCCGCUCCAAACGCUACUGGGACAAAGGGUACCAUAUCAGUCAGAGUGUUGCCAUACCUGACUUCCUCAGAUCUCUCGCCAGGUUCAUACUGCUGUGUGGGAAGUCACUGAGAUUAUUGAAGCUUUGUAACCCCAGCGAUCCCCUAGUCCUCCUAAUAUCGUCAGACCACCCGUCCGUCAAAUGCUGCGCCAGUUUCGAUGAUCUUCAAGAGCAACAGCAAAUCUUGGAUGUGUAUCGCACACGGUGUCUGUUCGUCAGCGGGGAGCCAGUUACCUUCGACCAGAUAUUACUCAAGAGGGAGGCGGAGAAGAAGGCCUUCACGGAAAUGGCGUCGGUGAAGCAAGCUGAAACUUUGGAGAAGAUUAUCGCUGAAAGGAAAAGACUGGGGCAACUUAUAAUAGCUGAGAAGCAGCACUCCCUGCGAGUGCUGGAGGCAGCCAUGGCGGAAGCGGCUGCCUCACGUCGCCGCAGCUCCCACGCGGCUCGGCUGAUGGUUGCUGCAGACACUCUGGCUGAUGAUGUGGACUCCAGGAUCCGGGACGAUGAAAGGAACAAAAUUAUGGAGUACUAUUCAAAAUUAAACAUGGAAGUGGAAAAAAGUAAAAUACAUACAGAAUGGAAAAUACGACGUCUUCAAUUAGAUCAGAGUAGAAUACAGUUGCUAUCGACGGAAGAGAGGAAUCUAAAAAGAGAGAAGUUGGAGCUAGAGCAUCAAAAGAACGAAGAAGUCAUGGCUAUGUCCAUACAAAGCAUUGAUUACAAAUCUGAUGAUGAACAAGAUGGUUAUGGUGAUAAAAUAGACAAAAACGUGAUAGAAUCAUCAUCGUCGAUCAUCACAGAAACGGGAGAAACAUCUCAAGUAACACAAACUGCUAAACAAACAACUAGUGACAUGUUUAGUGUCAUUUGCAACGCUGCUAAAAGUAUAUUCGGUGUUUCGAAGCAUACAGAAGAAAAAUGUGAUAACAAUAACAAAUUAGAUGCUCAAGGAAAUAUCGUUGGCACUGAAGUUAAUUCUAAUAUAAAAGGCACAUCGAGUGAGGUUAUAGGUAGUAUGAUAGAUGAAGCAUGCGACAAUGUGCAAUUUAUGAAAACAAGACAAGAAGCGCUGUUGAAUAAACAAAAGGUGAUGUCACAUGAAUACGGUACAGAUAAAGAGAAUAAUGUAAUGAAGGAUCCUCCACUUAUAACCAUGCCAGUCGAUGAAGAGAAUAAUUUACAAGAGUGGACACCAUUCUCUGAAGCUAAACGGAAUAGAAUUAAAGUGCUUGGUACAGAAUUCAAUUUAGCGAAACCUGAGUCUAAACAAGCGGAACCAGCAACAGAAGCUCAAAAAGAAGCGUUACUGAAUAAGAAUAAAGUAUUACGCGUGGAGUAUAAUCUUCCAGCUGAAGAAAUAGCCAAGAGAGAACCUGCAAAUAUAGCCCAAGAAGAAGCACUUCGUAAUAAAAAGAAGAUAUUAGGUUCCGAGUAUGAUUUGAAGCCCAUGGAAACGAAUGCCAAACAAAGUAUUAAAAGGGCUGGAUUAACUCUGAAUUUAAAGCCGUAUGGUGAAACUAGCCAAAGCGUAGUUGCAAAUACAGGAAGCGUGACGCCAGAUGACUUCUUUCCAACACUCGAUUUAGAAACGCCUACUACAGCUGAAAUUCCGGUCGGCGGUCAAUCGAGCGACGCUUUCACGCCUCGCUGUGAAUUCAAAGAUUUAGAUACAGCCAAAACUAUACCCGACAAUAAUUUCAUUUCAUCCAACGGCUUCAAUUUCUCUAUGAUAGAUGAUAUAGAAAUAAUUAGCAAUGUACAUACUGAGGAGAGUCCGGAUAUAUCCCCAAUGAAGAGUCUAGACCCAAACGAGAGACAAUUGACCAAAAAGUAUUCUUUCUUCAAUAUGCUAGAUGGAGAAUACGAGAUAGACAAUUUUGAUCCGUUUGGUGUAAAACAUUUGAAGAACUACUCAAAAGAGUAUUUUAGCAAUAAAUUGGAUGCUGAAAUGGCAACAUCGUGCUAUACACAUCCAGGUGUCAUAAUGGAGGAAGUGAAAAAGAGGCCGUAUGCAAAUAUAUUCGGGUCUCACGAAGAGAAGAAAGAGGAGAAAAUUAAUUGUGAUAAUAUAGCAACACUGACAGCGUGUCUACAAAGAUCGGUUAUGUUACCACUAACAUAUCAGUUGGAGGUAGUUAAUAAUUCAAUAUUAACAUACUUUCUGGUGAAUCUGGACAUGUACGAACAUUUGAGGAGUUUGAAGGACUACUUCUUUUUGAUGGACGGCGAAUUUUCUAGAAGCAUCUGUCACAAUUUGUUCACGAAGUUGACCAAGACGCUCAACCCACAGGAAUUGCUCAACUUCGGCACGUUGCAUAAUAUUUUGGAUAAAGCACUGGGCUCAUCAAUUUCACAUGUACACAAAUUCUCUGAGAAUUUAUCAUUCACCAUCACGGAGUCACCACUCAGCUUCCAACACAGCUCCCCAGACGUGCUCCAAUGCCUCUCUCUCACAUAUGCGGUAGAAUGGCCUUUGAAUAUCAUCCUAUCGCAAGAAGCUUUACUUCGGUACGCCAAGGUGUUUCAAUUCCUCGUCAAGAUGAGGAGGAUCUUCUGGGUGCUCGGUGAAGAUUUCGAGGCAUUAAAAUUAUCAGUCAAGUUCUCAAGACAACACUCCCGCAAACUGCUACGCUCUCCGCAAUACAUUUCAAUACAGAUCUACCGUCACAACAUGGCCGCUAUGAUCCGAGCGUUAGAUAACUACAUAGUAACCACAUGUAUACUGAGCUCGUGGACGGAGUUCGAGAACGAUCUGAAGAAGGCGAGGACACUAGACGACCUGUACGAAUGUCACGUGGUGUAUAUAAAGAAAGUGCUGUUCAGAUGCUUGUUGAAUAAUAGGUCGACGCCGGUUAUGAAGUUGCUGAACGAUAUCUUCACGGUUAUCUUGAAGUUUAGCCGCGUUCUGAAGAGUGGUGAAUGGCACCAGAAAGAGGCGAAUGGCCACUUCGUGCACACCAGCUACCCGCAACUACAAGAGUUGUUCCAUCUAUUCGAGAAGUUGGCGAAAUAUUUGCACAAAGUGGUGACCAAGCUUAUGGAGUGCGGGUACCAGAGACACCUGGUGGAGCUCCUGACUAUGGUCAACCUGAACGGCUAUUACGAACCUGACAGAAGCAAGGAUGAACAUAGUACCCCCAUCAAAUCUUGAAUCUUGAAUUCCAGUGUGAUAGGAAUAUAACUGACUACCUCUUUAGACUCUAGCAGUCAUCAUACAUACAUACUACAUUUUUUUUAUACUACGAUGGUGAUAAACAAGCAUGCGGUCUAUUAUAUAUUGUUAACCGGGUUUUAACAUGAAUAAUUUUAUGGUAAAUAAAGACAUUUAUCUCUCGACGUUUGUGUCAGCUCAUGACUACGACUAGUGCAAUAUAGUCGUAACGUCGAGAGAGAUAACCUUUGUUUACCAUAAAAUUAUUAGGUUUGGGAGACCGCUUUACUUCCCACGGUCGCGGGUUCGAUUCCUCGCACAAUCCUAAGAUUUGUAUUUAUAAGUAUGAUUGUUUGUGGUCUGGCUGUUUUGAUAAUACCUAUAAUAGAAGUAAAUUGCCCUGGUUUGUUAUUAUGGUGAGAGGACCGCACGUUGUGAAACUUUAUUCAUCUCGGGUAAUUUAAUAUGGUUAAACAUAUUAAAUAUUCAUAUUAAAUCAAGUUAUAACAACAAUUUUGAUAUAAAUAAUGUAGCUAAUACUAUAAUAUUUGUAAAUUUUAUAACAAAAUACUCAUUAGAAUAAUAUGUCUGAUUAAUAAACAUGAGCUUUAGCGUGUAGGAAAUAUGCCUUUUAUUGAGUUAACAAAUGUGAUAUUACUUUUCCCACCAAGUGUGUUUGUUUAUUGUUAAUUAUAUAAUCGUUUGCACUGUAAUACACGGUAUUAAGGUAUUCUUUGCUGUGAAUUUGUUGCAUUAUAAUAUGUACUGUAGCUAAUUUUAAAA